CGGUACACGGUACCACCAGUAGUGGGGCAAUGUGCGUGCAGCUAAUUGGAUCCAAGAUCGAAGAACCGACUGUCCACAAGCAACCCUUCCAAACGACGACAGAGCUAGAGAGCUCCCAACGUGGUCAUUGUCCCUCUCUUCCUCAAGAUACACCACUGCCAUCCCCAUUAUUACCGCUGCGAACACGAAUACCCUAGUAGCCAUGUCGUCCUUGAAACUUCCCAGCCGAGUGAUUGAUGCUCAUCACCAUUUUGUAGAUACCCGUGAGUUUGGCAACAUCCAGACCUUUCAAAAGUUUUUGGGUUCUCUCUUGAAGGAUGAAGUCUACCUGGCGGACCAAUAUCACUCGGAUGUGGUGGAACCAUUAAAGCAAGAGGGCAUUAUCCUAGAUACUUCGGUCCAUGUAGAAUGCAUGCCGGAUGAUGGGGCACAAGAAGCGGCAUGGAUCGAAUCCAUCGCUAGUAACGACCACAAAUGCACGGUCGCAGUGAUUGUAGGAUCGGCCGAUUUGACCAGUCCUACUAUUGACAAUGACUUGACCAAACUCUGCGCUACUAGCCCGAAAGUCCAUGGCAUUCGUUGGAUUGUGGAUUGUGUGGGUAAAUUUGAACCCAACACUGCCACCCAUGUGGCUACCACUCGUCACGAUGGUGUCGACUAUCUUCGUGGUUCCAACGGUGGAUACGACGGUGAAGCUGUACCUGCAUUUGAAAAUGGAUUUGCUCUCUUGGCCAAGCACAAGCUGUCAUUUGAUCUGCAAUGUGCCCCAGCACAAUUGCCAGCGGCGGCUCGACUUUGUGCCCGUCAUCCAAAUGUUCCUGUUGUCAUUGAUCAUUUGGGAAAACCACGGACUUUGCUGGGUCCAGAUGAUGAGGAACACAAGGACAAUUCAACACCCAAUCCACAAGAACUGGAAGUAUGGCGGGCCGGAAUGAAAGCCAUGGCAGAGGUCCCUCAUGUCUAUGUCAAACUCUCCAUGCUGGGAUAUGCCAUUCCGGGAUGGAUCAAGACACCACAACGGCGUGCAUUACUCCAGAGUUUGGUUCGAGAAGUGGUCGAGCUCUUCUCACCACAACGAUGCAUGGCAGCAUUGAAUUGGUGGAAGAAUGGAGCCGUAUCUGAUUCCGAUUUCUUGAGUGAUGUUGGUCCGGCACCCCUGGAAUAUGUCCAAUUCGUUGCCACUUGUUUGGAAGGCUAUUCAUCAGAAGACGUGGAUCGUAUCUUUUAUGGCACUGCCAAGGAGUUUUAUCGAAUUUAGAAUCAUGAAAAUGUUGCCCAAUGAAGUACCAAGUCAUUAUGGAAUUUGGACCAAGUCCUCUGAAUUGUCGAUAACAAUCUUUGUUAUGAGGAUGAAACUACGUGAAACAAAGGAGGGAGGCACAGCAAACUUUUCAUGCAUGCAGACUGCUAGCUAGCUGAUUGAUUACGUACUAUAGUACAUUGUAGUUUCCUGUCACCU